AUGUCUGCUGUUCAGACUGUUCCCAAAAGAAUUCUCGUGUAUCUUAAACAUGCUAGCCGUGAUAAAAAUCCAGUACUGGCUAAGUUCACACAGUGUCUUGUAGACUAUUUUGACCAAUCGGAGCUCACCACUUUGGUUCAUGGUUACUUGCAGGACAAUUGCUUUGUUUUGACUAAUGAAAUUAGUCCCCACACAAUGCCACUUAUUCUUAAGCAUCCUUCUUUCUGUCCCAUUCAUUGCUUAUCACCAAACAUUGACCUUCCAAAUGAGAUUAUCCAUCGUGGCAUUGAUGUUGGAGUGGCUGUUAUUUUGGAGAGUAUGGACAACAAGAUUUUACUUACACGCAGGGCAAAACAUCUACGUACCUUUCCUGGAAUCUGGGUUCCACCAGGUGGACAUGUAGAAGGCCAGGAAACUCUCACUGAAGCCGGUUUACGAGAAUUCAAAGAGGAGACAGGACUUGAGGUGUCACCCAAACAAUGUAUAGGAGAAAAACUGAACUUAAUGGCAUUUUGGGAGUCUGUAUAUCCUGCCAAGCUGAACCAUGGUGAUCCCAAACGUCAUCAUCUUGUGACCUACCUGCAUGGCAAAUUGAAAGAGCUCAACUCAGAGGCAGCAUCUGCUCAGCUACAGAUAGAGCCAAAUGAGGUAGAUGCCUGUGCAUGGCUAGACAGGACAGUCAUCUCUGCAAUUGUCGCAUCAGAUGAGGAACAAUCUGUUCAGAUAGAAAAUCCUCUCCCUGAUCUUCCAUCAUAUUUCAGAGCCCACAUUUUAUCUGAAGAACAAAAAAUGGUGGAAUGUUCCUUACCUUUGGCACCAUUGCUGCGGGUAGCAUCUGGAACAUGUGACACUGGUCUGGAAAGGGUUAGUUCAGGAACAAAAUUUGCACUAGAACAGUGGUUAAAACUAACCAAGUGA